AUUUUGCACUUCAGCAAAACCUCUACUACGUCUUAUUUUCAGGGGAUGUCUUAUAUUUGGGGAAACAGGGUAUUAUUAGUCUUGACAAUAUUGGAAUUGCAUACGUUUGUCAAUUGCUGGCUAUACAAAAAGAAGAAGCAUCAGAACAGGGCAGUGGUGGAUAUCCUGUUGAAAUUAAAGGGAGGAGGGUCAAUUGCCUCUGUGCUGGAUUCAAAUUGAAUCCUCCCGAAUGCAAAAACACAUCAAAAUAUAAUGAAUGUGCUUAUUGAAAGGUUGUGCAGGAAUAUACAAACAAGACUCAGGAAUAGUGUGAAGAAAAUAACAAAAGCUAAAUAGCUAAUCCUAGUUACUUACAAAACAAUGGUUCUCCAGACCAGAGGGUACUUAAUAAAGCCGGGUUCCAAAAUCAACAGGUGUCCUGCAUCCAAGAGGGGCAAUCCUGCUAGCGUGCGGUUACCACUGCCCCCCACAGUUCUUGAGUGCUGCACCAGCAUCCCUACUACCCCUGCCACCAUAGUGGGGAUGUGGGAGGAGCCAACAUUAGUCUGCUCUCUCAGACCAUGCUGCCAGGAACUUUUUGGGUGUAGCUGCGGCGCCACAGUCUGGUGCCCAGCUCAUGAAUGGGGCUGCCCAGGCCCAAUCCAGAUUGGGGGGGGGGGGCAGUUUAUGGGAAGCACUGGACCUUUUGCCCACCCCAGCAGCAUAAGGGGUACCUACAAAGCGGAAACAGCAAAGACACCAGCAUGUGGGCACCACAGAGUUUUGUGGUACCCAAACCCAGGAGUGCCUACCGCCCAGGAGUUAAACCAGCGUCCAAGAGCACACCAGUGCAGUGAGGGGUGAACCUAGGGCAUUUCCAGGGAUUGAGCUGACUUUAGUCGGCUUCAACCUGGAUUUCAGCCCGGGAACACCCUCCUCUGCUCCAGAAAGUGUGGGGUAAGUCUUUUUCUGCAAUGGCAGAAGUGUUUUUCAGUUUCCCUCCUUUCUGUGCCGUCCAAAGCUCCUUUGGAGGUAGUGCAGUGCCACCUUCGCCAUGCCAUCCCAGCUGCAGCAGAGCUCCUCCCUUCCCUUAUCUGGAUUGGACUGUAACAGAUUUUCAUUCUGUCAUAAGCAUCACAUAACAUGUAAUGCAUAGAUCAGUUUUAAAUUCCAUGGCCAAAAGAUUAACACCCACUUAAACACAUACAGCUCAGGUGUAUUGUUGAAUUAUCUCAGGCAGAUAACAGUAUUUAACAUCAUAGUUGAGUCCAACCUGUGAAACAGGAAACCCUGUUUGAAUUUUUUAUGUUGGACUUAAGGGUGAGGAGGACCAUGAAGAGUUGAUCUUUAUAUCCCACUUUUCUCUACCAAAAGCAGGCUCAAAGCAGCUUACAAUCACCUUCCUUUCUCCAGCCAUCCUCCCCACCCCACACAACAGAACUUUGUGAGCUUUCUUCUAGAAGCCAUGAUUUCUGAAAGCGGUGCGUUUGUGAAGGGCAUGAUGCUCGGAGGGGUCUUCUGUGUAUUGGUCACUCUCCUUGGACACAUUAAGAUGGACCACAGCACCACAACCCAUGAGCAUCGCCACCUUCAGGCUCCCAAAAAGGAGGACAUUUUAAAUCUCUCUGAGGAUGAACGCCUGGGUCUUAGCCACAGCAUCCGCGUCUACUGCAUCAUCCUUGUCAAACCUAAAGACCUUAACUACUGGGCAGCUGUGAGAGAAACUUGGAGCAAACAUUGUGACAAGGCAGAAUUCUACAGUUCUGAAAAGGUCAAAGUAUUUGACUCCACUGUGCUUGACACAGAGGACAUGUGGUUAAUGAUGAGGAAAGCAUAUAAAUUUGCCUAUGAAAAUUACAAAAAUGACUACAACUGGUUCUUCUUGGCCCAUCCCACCACGUUUGCCAUAAUAGAAAACCUCAAAUUUUUUCUCCUGAAGCAAGACUCGUCCCAGCCAUUUUAUACUGGCCGUACAGAGAUAUCCGGAGACCUGCAGUACGUGAAUGGCGAUGGAGGAAUCAUCUUAAGUAUUGAAUCGCUAAGGCGACUUUAUAAAGUUUUUCAGGAUCCAGACAAGUGUCCGGAACAGGGGGGCAUGAUUUGGAAACUGUCCGCAGAUAAACAGUUAGCUGUCUGCUUGAAGUAUACUGGGGUGCAGGCUGAGAACGCAGAAGAUUCUGAAAAAAAGGAUAUCUUCAACACCAAGUCAGUUGGUUCUCUUAUUAAGGAGGCAAUGUUGAGCCACCCCCAACAGGUGGUAGAAGGGUGUUGUUCAGACAUGGCUAUCACGUUCAGUGGGAUGGCUCCUAACCAUAUGCACGUGAUGAUGUAUGGAGUCUACAGGCUUCGAGCAUACGGACACAGUUUUAAUGAUGCCUUGGUUUUCCUACCUCCCCCAGACUCUGAUAAUGACUGAUCAUUCUUUCACCAGAGUACUGGGUAAAGCAUAUGAAUAGGUGGUCUUAAUGUAUAGCAUCUUUCAACAAACAGCAUGUACAUAAGCUGGUACAAAUUUUGUAUUUCAUGGUCUUGGUGUAAUUAUUUACUCUUUUGCACAACCUGCUUUUGUAAUCUUUACAACUGGGAAAGGGGGCCCUUUUUAAACAAAAAAACAAACCAUUUGCUUUUAUACAGACUUGAUUCAAGGAUCUUAUGAAAAACCACUUACGGUUUCAUUGUCAGUGCAAUGUACAGUUAUGUAAAUAUUUAAUAUAAGAAAAUAUCCUUGAUCUACUUUAAAUUAAAUCUAUUUUUACAGA